UUUCGCCCUGUGAACUUUAUUUAUUUCCCUGGGAUUUAUUUCGCCCCGUGAACUUUGCUCUCAUUUAACUUGGACACUUCUUGAAGGGAAAUGGAAGUUGGUGCCUAUUGAUUUGCAAAGAGGCCUGUGUAUAUAUUUGCAAUGAAUAAGAAAUAUCAUGACCAAUUAUAUAAAGCCUAAAUAUAAUAACUGAAUAGUAUUGAAUGGCUUGUGUAUGGAGGACAUGAGUUUUCUCUGGACAUCAUUUAGAUUCAAAUAUCUUAUGGAGAAUCAUUCAAUCCAUAUGUGUACAUAAACUUUUGCAUAAUAAUUGAGUGCCAUACACAUUAAGAAAAAAACAAAAACAAAAAAAAACAUACAAGAGGAAAAAAUUGUAUGUAAUGAAAAACUUCAAAGUGUACAUAAAAGAUGUAGUGCCAUAGCUAUAAGUCAUUACGUUUAUAUUUGUAACAUAAGAUGCUCUUACAAUUUGCUGACUUUACGAGCUGUGAUGAGGAAUCAGAGUGUAGUCUGACACUAAAUCAUUGCCUAGUGAACAAGAGUGCCUCAAGAAACUAACUAAAGUGUAUGAGUCAACCAAACCACAGCAAUGCAGUCAGCAACGGAAAAUGUGUUUGUGUACGUGGCUCGUCAGAGCUACAAAGGAACGGGAAAGAAUGACCCGAGUUUUGAGGUCAAUGAUGUGAUUCACGUAACUGCAGACUUCCUCCACCGUCAGAACAUCAACCCAGAGAGCCCCGAUGGGUGGCUCUUAGGGAAAAAUGUGCGCACAGGCCAAGAAGGAUAUUUCCCAGGCUAUUUCCUGGUGCUGAACGGUUCCCAGCUCCGAAUGCCUCGGUGUCGGCCUCCCCCUGACAUAUCGGGGAAUUCACAGGUGUACAUGAACCUUGGCUGGAACAGUGCGUCGUCAACGGGGGAGGAUUCUGGUUACAUAUCAGCUGCCCAGCACAAUUCCUCCCUGAGCUCAACGCCUCACACAGGCAGUCGUCGCAGUUCGUCCGGCCAGUCGUCGCCGUCGGUGCAGCACAACCUCGCCCCCGCCUACUUCCUCACGCCUGUCCUCUGCGUUCACUGUAAGUACGACCGACUUAGACUUAUGCAGAUGAGCGUAAGUACACCACAAAUAUAGAUUUAUUCACUGUAUUCAGGCAUUCUUGGUACGUUUCUACAGG